GAGGAAGUCACUAUAGAGUAUUGAGAAAAAGUUUGUUGAAAUUAGAGAUAAAACACCAGCUCUGAGAGUCAGAAGUUCUACUUCCCAAUGAAAUGCUGCUUCUGCCACUUCUAUUUCUAGCAGUUAUCUUCCCGGGUGGUGACCAUGAGGAUGCCUUCCAGGGGCCAACCUCUUACCAUGUCAUCCAGAUUUCGACGUUUGCCAACAGCACCUGGGCACAAAAUCAAGGCUCAGGCUGGUUGGAUGAUUUGCAGAUUCUUGGCUGGGACAGUGACUCAGGCACUGCCAUUUUCCUGAAGCCCUGGUCCAAGGGCAACUUCAGUGAAGAGGAGGUGACUGAGAUGGAGGACCUGUUCCGAGCCUACUUCAUUGAAUUCACUCGGAGAGUGCAGGACUAUGUCAGUGAAUUCCAGUUGGAAUAUCCCUUUGUGAUCCAGGGCAUAGCAGGCUGUGAGCUGCAUUCUGGGAAGUCCACAGGAAGCUUCCUGAGGGUAGCUUUAGGAGGACUGGAUUUCAUGAGUGUGAAGAAUCACUCAUGUGCACCUGCUCCGGAGGGUGGUAGCAGGGCACAGCAGUUCUGUGCACUCAUCAGUCAGUACCACGGCAUCUGGGGUAUCAUAGACACGCUCCUCUCAGAAACCUGUCCUCGAUAUCUCCUGGGUGUCCUCGAUGCAGGAAAGGCAGAGCUGCAGAGGCAAGGGAAGCCCGAGGCCUGGUUGUCCAGGGGUCCCAGUCCUGGGCCUGGCCGUGAGCUGCUGGUGUGCCACGUCUCAGGAUUCUACCCGAAACCUGUCUGGGUGAUGUGGAUGAGGGGCGAGCAGGAGCAGCCUGGCACUCAGCAAGGUGAUGUCCUGCCCAGUGCUGACUGGACUUGGUAUCUCCAAGCAACGCUGGAUGUUACUGCUGGGGAGGUGGCCGGCCUGAGUUGCCGAGUGAAGCACAGCAGUCUAGGAGACCAAGACAUCAUCCUCUACUGGGGACACCCCACCUUCAUCGGCUUGAUAUUUUUGGCAAUAAUAGUGCCCUCCUUGGUCCUUUUGAUAUGUCUUGCAUUAUGGUUUUUGAGGCGCUGGUGA